CUUAUAUAGCCAUGUCGCCCCGGCUUCUUUCAUCCCUUUUUCCAGACUAUUCAAGGCUUCACCCUCAGGGGCUACUUUACUACGAAUUUAAUCGCUAGCUGCACUAUCUGCUGCACCACGACCUCGUAUUCGUCACGCUAGUUUCUUCUUUCUCACUUCUUACCUAAUAACACCUCAAUCUCACCGUCGCCAUGACCGCUCAACCUUUUGACGGCCUCGUCAUAGCCGUCGGCGGUACAUUCCCCGGUUUCAAACAAGCGGACCUCAGGACCAUCAUAAAGCGCAAUGGAGGAACAUUCCACCCAGCUGUGACAGAGGAAUGCACACACUUGAUAACUACGCAGAGGGAAGUGGACAACCGGAGUGUCAAAUACACGCAAGCCUCCAAAGUCUACACCUGCAACAUCGUAUCGUUGGACUGGCUCGUGGAGUCCGAUCGGGUUGGCAAGAAACUCGAUGAGAAGAACUUUCUGAUGGGCGCCGACAAGAAAGACGACAGUGAAGAUGAAAAACCCAAGAAGCGCACACUGGAAGAGGCUCUGGGUGUGAACGGAGAUGGCACUGCUAAGAAGUUGAAGGAUGCGCAAUCUGCCGUUGGCAAAACGAUCAACGUUCCGGUGGAUGAUCUUUGUCCUCUGCGAGGUACCUACAGAGUGUACAUUGAUGCGACUGGCCUCAUCUGGGAUGCGACGCUGAAUCAGACCAGCGCGACCAACAAUAACAACAAGUUUUACCGCAUACAGCUUCUUCGCAGAAACCAUGAUUUCCAAACGUGGACACACUGGGGCCGAGUCGGCGAAGUUGGACAGAGUGCCGUGCUUGGGAACGGCUCCUUCGAGUGGGCAGAAGCUGAAUUCAAGAAAAAGUUCAAGGACAAGUCGGGGUUGACCUGGGAAAACCGCCUCAACGCUCCGAAAAACGGCAAAUACACCUUCAUUGAGCGGAACUACGAAGAAGACACGGAGGACGAAGAUGAAGACGCCCCAGUGAACCCCACCAAGGCAAAGAAACCACAAGUGAAAAGCACCCUGCCUGCGGCUGUCCAGGACCUCAUCGCAUUUAUCUUCAACCAAGAGUUCUUCCUGUCCACUAUGGCAUCUAUGGCUUACGACGCUAAGAAACUGCCACUGGGGAAACUGAGCAAGCGCACCCUCCGCAACGGUUUCCAGGCCUUGAAGGACCUGUCAGAGCUCGUUGCUACCCCCGCAUUGGCAACUACCAAAUACGACAUGACCUUUCCUGCUGCAGCUGAGUAUCUCAGCAACCAGUAUUUCACCGUGAUUCCUCACGUGUUUGGGCGCAACCGACCCCCGGUUUUGAACCAGGAGUCUCUGCUCAAGAAAGAGAUUGAGCUACUUGAAACUCUGACCGACAUGGAAGUGGCGAAUAACAUUAUGAAGGAUGCCAAGGAGGUCGAUACAGUCCAUCAUCUCGACCGCCAAUUCCAAGGCUUGGGCAUGCAAGAGAUGACUCCAUUGGACCAUUCGUCUACCGAGUUUAUCGAGCUGGACAACUACCUCAACCUCUCCCGCGGUGCCACCCAUGGCAUUCGAUACAAGGUCAUCAACAUCUUCCGCAUCGAGCGCCAAGGCGAAACCGAUCGAUUUGAGUCAUCCAAAUACUCCAAAAUCAAGAACUCCAGCCGUCGUCUGCUCUGGCACGGAUCCCGCAGCACCAACUUCGGUGGUAUCCUGAGUCAGGGUCUGCGUAUCGCGCCCCCGGAGGCUCCCGUGAGCGGAUACAUGUUCGGCAAAGGCGUCUACUUCGCGGACAUGUCCACCAAGUCGGCCAACUACUGCUGUUCCUAUGGGAGUGGAAACAAGGGUCUGCUGCUACUCUGUGACGUGGAAGUGGGCAACCCCAUGCUCGAACUAGACUGGGGUAACUACAACGCAGGUGAUGAUGCGAAGAAGGAAGGCAAGAUCGCGACCCUGGGUCGUGGUCGGUCGAUCCCUGCGGCGUGGAAGGAUGCUGGCUGUGUCAACCCUGAUCUGCAGGGAGUGUGGAUGCCUGAUGUGUCGGUUCCGUCGGCCAGUGCUACCUCCCGAGGACUGAUGUACAAUGAGUACAUUGUUUAUGAUGUGGCUCAGAUUCGACAGAAAUACCUCUUCCACGUCGACAUGCGGUAGAUUCCUCGCAGCGGGGUUGUUCUUUCGGUUAUUUAGCGGGUUUGGCGUUUAGCUGCGGCAUCAGGGUCUGGCGUUCACAAUGACUUACACUGUAUUCUAAAGGUCCAUGGAAAUUUGGCUAACUCAUUGAUAAUAUUUUCAAGUUCACGCAUAAUUCAUC